CCGACAACAAUCAAAUUUCAAACCUUUUGUAUUUCUUUAUUUUUGUCUUGGUAUUUUUUGGGGGGCCAGUACACUUGUGAGAGCGGCAAUGGAUAGUGACGACGAAAUUUUCCUAACGCAAAAUACUUUCUCUCAGGAGCCUUUUUCCCCUGAGUUGAAUUUGGAAGAGUUAGUGGGAGACUUUAGAGAAGUAAGCGAACGAGAUAGUGUUGAAGUCGAAAAGAAAGAAAAUCCUGGGCGUAAUAUCGUUGUUGUUUGUGAUAACGAAGUCGAGAAGAGAAGAGAGUCCAGAAUACCGGCAAACACGAAAGUUAAUACUUCAUGGGCGGUACGUUGCUGGGAGGAAUGGGCCGUCGAACGCAAUGUAAAAGUUAAAAAGAAUAGCAGCAAAGAGAAAUACUACGAAGUCAAUCCUGACAUUAAGAAAGUCGCUAAUGAGCAGCUUGACUACCGGCUUGGAAAGUUUGUUUUGGAAAUUCGGAAGAAGAAAGAACCUGGAAGCGUGUAA